AACUUUGACCUCGGUGCUUGUGUCUGAGCUCGGCUCUCAUUCGAGGAGGCUUCUGCGGCUUUAGAAAAUGAAAGUAUUCCUCCGGAUGAAUGGGUUGUCAAGUCUAUCUCGGUAGCUUAGCAUAAGCCACGCACGCCCUUUAAUCCGGUUUGCGGACAGCGCGGGUCGCUCGGCUGCUGUCACGCACCCUGAGCUGCGCGUGUUAGUCUGUGUCUGGGUUUGUUUUGCUACAGAGCUAGGUGACUAGCCAGCUAGCUCUGACUGCUAAUGGUGCUAACUUAAAAAAAAAGCGCUGCUGUCAAGUCUGAAUAACAUCCGGCUUUGGAAAUUAGCGUAAAUCCGAUGAGCAGCACACAGUUUUUUUUUCUUCUUUUUCUCCGGGGCUCUGUCACAAUGUAUCCAGUUUUAGCAAGUAACGGAACAACCCGCCUGGGAGUAGUCAGUAACGACAGUGAACCAGCUAACCUGAGUUAGCCAGGUUACAGCUCACCGUGUCAACAUUGUGUGAACGACAGCCGAGCUAACAGGACGAGCCGGGGUCCAGCUAAGGAUACCGUGUUUUUUUUGUGUGUGUUUGUUUUAACAUCAACUAUUAGCGACGGGAUAACGUUUCCAGCGACCAUGGCUAACGUUACAGACCUGCAAACAAAAUACAGCAAGCUGGCACAGGAGUACUCCAAGCUCCGUGCUCAGAACCAAGUGCUGAAGAAGGCAGUAGUGGAUGAACAGGCCAAUUCUCUCUCCCUAAAGGAGCAGCUGAAGCAGAGGGACCAGAGCCUGAGGAAGCAGGAGCAGGAGAUGGACAGUCUCAGCUUCAGGAACCAACAGUUGGCCAAGAGGGUGGAGCUGUUGCAAGAGGAGCUAGCUGUUAGUGAAGCCAAGGGCAAAAAGGGGAAGAGUAAAGGAGACUCCCCCCCACAGCAUGGCCUGGAGACCCAGAAUGUUUUUGAUGAGGACCUGCAGAAAAAGAUUGAAGAAAACGAGCGACUUCAUAUCCAGUUCUACGAAGCUGAUGAGAAGCACAGGAGGCAGGAGGCCGAGCUGAAGACACGACUGCAGGAGCUGGAGAAAGACUCUGAGCAGCACCAGGCUGUCGUCGACGGACUCACCACUAAGUACAUGGAAUCAAUCGAGCGGCUGCAGGGCGACAAAGCACGUUUAGAGGUUAAAGCACAGACUCUGGAGAGGGAAGCAAAAGAGUGCAGAAUGCGAACAGAAGAGUGUCAGCAGCAGUUAAGGCGGUGCCAGUCAGAGCUGAACAGACAGGUGAAACAGAGCAGCAGUGUUAUCCAGGAGAAAGUGCCCUUCAAUGACACCAAAUUCAGCGACUACAACAGUCUAAAUGUGCCACCACACAAUCGAAGGCACCAGCUUAAAGCCCGGGAUGUAGCAGGUCAGGCCCUGGGCUUUAUCCAGGACCUUGUGGCUGCUCUGUUGAACUUCCACUCCUACACAGAACAGAGAGUGCAUAUCUAUCCCUUGGACUCCUCCAUCGAGACCAUCUCCCCCCUGAACCAGAAGUUUUCUCAGUAUCUACAUGAAAACGCAGCCUAUGUGCGCCCUCUGGAGGACAGCUUUCUGCAGUUACACCAAAGCAUCACAGAGGACACCGUCACAGUACUGGAGACUGUGGUGAAGCUGAAGACUUUUGCUGAUCAUUUCUCUUCAUACACCCACUUCCUGCAAAAGAUUCUUCCCUACCAGCUGAAAAGCUUGGAAGAAGAGUGCGAGGCACCUCUUUGUACUGCUGCCCUUACUGCGAAAAACCAAGAGUUGCAGAGUGACAUGAAGAGAGUAACUUCUGUGUUCGAGAAGCUGCAGAACUACAUUAACAUUUUGGCCUUACCGAGUGUUCGUCAGGAUGCCGUGCCACAGAGCAGCACGUCGGCUGUCUUCACCCAGCUGGCUGCCUGCCUACACAGUCUUAAUGAUGCCAUUAAAGAGAUGUCAAAGCACUACAACCAGAAGGCCAGCUUAGAGCAGGAGCUACCGACUGUCACCCAGAAGCUCUCUACCACGUCUGAAUGCCUGCUGGGAUCUUUGGGCUCUUUGACCAGCAGCACUGGCAAGAUUGCCACUUUCUUCAGCAACAACUUGGACUUCUUCACAUCGUCAGGCUACAGUCCAAGAGGCAGCACAGUAGCUCUCAACCCUUUACAAGCAGAGAGUAUGCUGGCCAACAAAAAGAAAGCUGCUGCCUAUAUCCAUGCUAUCAAAAAGCCGAGGCCACAGUCUGUUCCUUACAGAGAAGCCCUGUCUAACCGUCGCAUACUCAACAGCUCCACUGAGAGCAGAGAAGGUCUCACUCAGCAGGUGCAGCAGAGCCAGGAGAAAAUCGCUCGGCUAGAGCAGGAGAAAGAGCACUGGCUGCUGGAGGCCCAGCUGGGGAAGGUGCGGUUGGAAAAGGAGAACCAGCGCAUUGCGGACCUGGAAGCGCAGCUCGCGGCAGCUCUAGGGGGAAGUCCAAACUUGCAAGCAUCUGCAGCCAGCACACUUGCACAGAGCCAUGAGGAGGCAGAGAAAGAGCAGAAAGCUGCAGGGAAAGAGACAACGCUGUGCACCAGCCUGGUUGGCAUGUUGUGCACAACCCCUACAGUUGAGCACGUGGGAGACGAGGAGUCUAGGGAGCAGCUGAUAAAGACUCACUACAUGGCCAGAGUAGGAGAGCUCACCACCCAGCUCCAGAUUUCAGACAGCAAAGCCGUGCACUUUCACUCUGAGUGUCGAGCUUUGGCCAAGAGAUUAGCCAUUGCAGAAAAAUCGCGGGAGGCUCUGAGUGAGGAGGUCAAAGUGGCUAAUCAGAACAUCACACGCUUGCAGGAUGAGCUGACUACAACUAAGAGGAGCUACGAAGAUCAGCUCAGCAUGAUGAGCGACCACCUGUGCAGUAUGAAUGAGACUUUGAGCAAGCAGAAAGAGGAGAUUGACACACUCAAACUAGGCAGCAAGGGAAAUGCCAAAAAGAACAAAGGACGCUAGAGCUGCCCUCAAAACUCUGGCUCCAUUUGGCAUCACAAAGGACACCUUGAGAGAAGAUCUGUUCUGUGGAGCAACAUCACCACUGUCACCAAACCAUGGGGCCGGCUACACGAGCCUCAGAUUCUUUGACUGCCAGGCAGUGGAAAUACAAAUGAACUGAACUGAGGCUUGGACAUGUUUACUGAAGAAGCUUUUUCCUUUUUCCUUGUCACAGCACCAGUUAUAACACAACAUGAUUCGCUAAAAAUGCUUUCUGAAACAGCACCGGAAGCUGCUCCUUGACCUUUUGGCCAAGGCAGGUUGGGAAAGAAACUGUUAUUCCCCAAAAGGAACAGAGGAAGAUAAACAGUUGGUAAUGCUCACUGAAGUGAAGACUUGAAGACCAAACCCUGUUGAUCAGUGUGUGUUUCUCAUGCUUAACAUACAUCUGGCAGUAAAUGAAACUGUGCAUUCUCGCUGCUUAUCUGUGGGAGCAGGCCAACAGAGAAAAUGUUGGUGUGGCUGUAUGUGUUGUCUCAUUGUGUGACUGUGGCAUCAGGCUUUACGACACGUGAACAUUGUUUUACACUUUUUUUAGAUCGAGUUUGAGAUUUUUUUUUGUGUGCCAGUGGUUCCAAGGGCCUGCAACGUAACGCGUGCAUACAUCACAAGCUUCUGUAAAGAAGGGCUUUUAAAAACCUGAAUGAACAACACACUUGAAUUCAUUCCUCAUUUUGGAAAAUUUUCAGUCCUCUUGGAGUGGAGAAAAGAAAAGAAAAUGUCUGCCUUGAAGCACUGAUUAACUGUGUUUACCUAGACGAAAAGGGCAGGAUGGACAAGUCCAAGCUCGUAAAAUGGUGUCAGUCUGUCUGUGAAGUUACUCUGUAACAAUAGUUGUUUUUAUCACCAAAGUAAGUGUGGAUGUGCACUCAGAAGCCUGAUGUGGCACAAAAGCCUCUUAAUUCAUGUUGUAAUAUGUAUGGACAAAAAGGGUUAAUGUGAAUAUACACUCAUUUGAAAUCAUGAUAUAAUUGUACCGUAUAAUUUCUAAAAUAUAUAUAUAUACAUAUAUAUGUAUAUACACCCAAAAAUGCAUUUAUUCAGAAGUUACAAAUCUUUAUUUUCCACAAAAUUUGGAAAACUGAAUCUGCAGCUAGUUUUUCGUGUGUCUCUGAUAAUGUUAGAUUACUGAGAAAAGAGGGGCUGGCCGAUACUGUAACUGGUACAUAAUACCUGAAAGCUGAUUCAUGAGUCAUGGCAGAGAGGAGUUAAAGUUUACAGUUAAAUAGAAACUGGCUUGUAGUGACAUGUGGUAAAUAAAAGGCCAGCAGUGGUUAUGAGUAGUUCAUUCAAAUAUCCUGUUUGCCGGUCUACACCUGCCAGCAAACCUUUGACCGCAAAGAUUUGCCAACGCCCCCUAGACUAAUAAUAAUUUUCAAAAAAACUUGUAUUCUCACAAUGUAACCUGUUUAAAAAAGCACAUAUAGAUAUGUGAAACAAAAAUAAAAAGCUUGUUCAACAUUUA